AUGGAAAUUUCAGAAGUGCCCAUCUCGUUGUUAUUCAACAUGGCGAAGGGAUAUUGUGAUUAUCCAGAGGACUGUUUUUCGGACAAUGCCAUGAAUGCUCAAUCACACCAGUCCGCACCUAGCCAGGCGCAACAGCAGCACCCUUCUACUGACCAGACGAAAUCUGUUUCGUCCUCGUUCUGCGCGAUGAGGAAGGAUGGGUUCUAUGCCGAGAAAUGCUCCGUCGACUUUAUCUCAUGUGAGCAAGGAGUUGCUACUCCUAUGAGAUGCCCUUCUGGUUUACUGUUCAACGAGAAGGAAGGUUAUUGUGACUAUCCUGAAAACUGCUCCACAGGACCUGCUCCACCAGCUUCUAUUUCGGUUCCAGAUGUUCCGGCGCAAUCAUCUUUUGCUUCAGACGAUGCUGUACCCGUUCUACCAUCACCCAUCGAUUGCAAAGGAAAGAAGGAUGGCUAUUACUCGAAUGGAUGCUCAGCCGAGUUCGUGUACUGCCUCGAUGGUGUGGCUUCUCCAAUGACUUGCCCAACAUCGCUUGUUUUCAACGAGAAGAAAGGAUUCUGUGACUACGUGGAGAACUGCUCUGCAGAACCUGCGGUUGUCCCCGCUCCGGCUCUGGCUCCAGCAGCCCCAGUAGGGUCUUCGCCUGCUGCAGCUUACGCUCCUCCAGUCCAAUCAUCGUCCAUUGACUGCAAGGAAAGGAAGGACGGUUACUACUCCAAUGGAUGCGUUGCAGACUUUGUGUACUGCGUAGAUGGGGUGGCAUCUCCGAUGACUUGCCCGACAUCGCUCGUCUUCAACGAGAAGAAGGGAUACUGUGAUUACGUGGAGAACUGCUCCGUAGGACCUGCUGUAGUUGCCCCCGCUACGGCUACAACUGGCCCUAUCCCAGUUCCAGCUGGUCCAGCGACGUUUUCGCAAGCAGUGUCAUUCAGAAAUUCAGUCCACUCAGCGUAUGUUUUUGACUUUAUGUGGUCCCUUUGCUCGUCUCCUCAAGUGGUCGCUCACUUCAGGCUCAUUGAUUGUAAGGGUAGGAAAGAUGGCUACUACUCUAAUGGUUGUGUUCCAGACUUCGUGUAUUGCGUAGAUGGAGUAGCCUCCCCAAUGACUUGCCCGACCUCACUCGUCUUCAACGAAAAGAGUGGUUAUUGUGACUACGUGGAAAACUGCUCAGCAGGCCCCGUUCCGGUUGUCCCCGCUCUGGCUCCAGCGACGCCAGUAAUGUCCUCGCCUGCUGCAGCGUACGCUCCUCCAGUCCGGUCAUCGUCCAUCGAUUGCAAAGGAAGGAAGGAUGGUUACUAUUCCAAUGGAUGCGUUCCAGAUUUUGUGUACUGCGCAGAUGGAGUGGCCUCUCCUAUGACUUGCCCGACUUCGCUCGUCUUUAAUGAGAUGAAAGGAUACUGUGACUACGUGGAAAACUGCUCUGUAAGACCUGCCGAAGCUGUCCCCGCUCCGGCCCCAGCGGCACCCAUCCCUGCUCCAGCAGCAUCAGCCACGUCUUCUCACGUAGCAUUCCCUCCACCAGUACAAUCAUCGUCUGUUGAUUGCAAGGGUAGAAAGGAUGGUUACUACUCUAACGGAUGUGUUGCCAACUUUGUGUACUGCGUUGAUGGAGUAGCCUCCUCGAUGGGUAGGAAAGAUGGCUACUACUCUAAUGGAUGCGUGCCAGACUUCGUGUACUGCGUAGAUGGAGUAGCCUCUCCAAUGACUUGCCCGACUUCACUUGUCUUCAACGAGAAGAAGGGAUACUGUGAUUACGUUGAGAAGUGUUCUGCAGGACCUGCUUCAGUUGGCACCGCUCCGGCUCCAGCUGCCCCUAUCUCGGUUCCACCUGCCGCACUGACGUCUUCACACGCUGUGGCAUUUGCUACUGCGGUCCAGUCAUCGUAUGUCUUUGAGACAUUUUGGUGCUCUUUCUCAUCUUCCCAGGUGAUCCCACGUUUUAGGUCCAUUGACUGUAAGGGUAGAAAAGACGGUUUUUACUCAAACGGAUGCGUCUCCGACUUUGUGUACUGCCUCGAUGGAGUGGCGUCCCCCAUGACUUGUCCAACCUCUCUAGUCUUCAAUGAGAAGAAGGGGUACUGUGACUACAUAGAGAGUUGCUCGGCAGGACCUGUUCCGAUUAUAGCUGCGCCCAUCCCAAUGCCAGCUGCUUCAGCAUCCUCUUCUCACGUUGCGGCAGUCGCUCCAGUAGUGCAGUCGUCGUCCAUUGAUUGCAAGGGAAGGAAAGAUGGUUACUACUCUAACGGAUGUGUCGCCAGCUUUGUGUCCUGCGUAGAUGGAGUGGCCUCCCCGAUGACUUGCCCGACUUCGCUCGUCUUCAACCAGAAGAAGGGAUACUGUGACUACGUAGAAAACUGCUCAUCACGAGAUGCUCCGGUUGUCCCCGCACCGGCCCCAGCAGCUCCUGUUAUGCCUUCGCCUGCUGUGGCGUACGCUUCUUUAAUCCAGUCAUCGCCCAUCGAUUGCAAGGGAAGGAAGGACGGCUACUAUUCUAAGGGAUGUGUCGCCACCUUUGUGUCCUGUGUCGAUGGAGUGGCCUCCCCGAUGACUUGCCCGACUUCGCUUGUCUUCAACGAGAAGAAGGGGUACUGCGACUACGUAGAGAACUGCUCCGUAGGACCUGCUCCAGCUGUCCCGGCUCCGGCUCCAGCUGUGCCCAUCGCUGCCGCAGCUGCUCCAGCGACGUCUGCCCACGCUGCCGUAAUCACUCCACUGGUGCAAUCAUCGUCGAUUGAUUGCAAAGGAAGGAAGGAUGGUUACUAUUCGAAUGGAUGUGUAGCCAACUUCGUGUACUGCGUGAAUGGAGUAGCGUCCCCCAUGACUUGCCCGACGUCUCUCGUCUUCAACGAGAAGAAGGGCUAUUGUGACUACGUAGAGAACUGUUCAGCAAGAUCUGCUCCAGUUGUCACCGCCCCGGCUCCAGCUGCCCCUAUCUCAGUUCCCGCUCGUCCAGCGACGUCUUCACAAGCAGUGGUAUUCAGUCCUCCAGUCCAGUCAUCGUAUGUGUUUGCCACAAUUGCUUUUCCCUCAUACUUUCAACUGUUCCCUCUCUUCAGGUCCAUUGAUUGUAAGGGUAAAAAAGAUGGUUACUACUCCAAUGGAUGCGUCUCCAACUUUGUUACUGCGUGGAUGGAGUCGAUCGAUUGCAAAGGAAGGAAGGACGGUUACUAUUCGAAUGGAUGUGUAGCCAACUUCGUGUACUGCGUGAAUGGAGUAGCGUCCUCCAUGACUUGCCCGACAUCGCUCGUCUUCAACGAGAAGAAGGGAUAUUGUGACUACGUGGAAAACUGCUCUGCAGGAACUGCUCCUGCAGCUGGCCCCAUUCCGGUUCCAGCUGGUCCAGCGACAUCUUCAUCAGCACCGGCAUUCACUCCUCCAACUUGCCCUACGUCUCUUGUCUUCAACGAGAAGAAAGGAAUUUGUGACUACGUGGAGAACUGUUCUGCAGGACCUGCUCCAGUUGUCCCCGCUCCACUUCCAGCUGCUCCUGUCCCGGUCCCACCUGGGCCAGCAUCGUCAUCGCCUGCUGCAGCGUACGCUCCUCCAAUCCAGUCAUCGUCCAUUGAUUGUAAAGGUAGAAAAGAUGGUUACUACUCCAAUGGAUGCGUCGCUAACUUCGUGUACUGCGUGGAUGGAGUGGCCUCCCCAAUGACUUGCCCCACGUCUCUUGUCUUCAAUGAGAAGAAGGGUUAUUGUGAUUACGUAGAAAGCUGCUCAACAGGGCCUUCUCCAGUUGUCCCCGCUCCGGUUCCAGCUGCCCCCAUCCCGGUUCCGGCUGCCGCGGCUAAAACAGUAUUCUCUCCGCCAGUCCAAGAACUGUCUAUCGAUUGCAAGGGUAGGAAAGAUGGGUACUAUUCCAAUGGAUGCGUUCCAGACUUUGUGUAUUGCGUAGAUGGAGUGGCCACCGCUAUGACGUGCCCUGUUUCGCUCGUUUUUAACGAAAGGAAGGGAUACUGCGAUUACGUGGAGAGCUGCUCUGCAGGACCUGUUCCUGCUCCAGCGAUUGUUAAGGUCACUCCAUCGCAACCGGGACCUGCUUUAGUUCCGUCGUCUCAGAUGGCAUUCGAUUGUACUGGGCGUGGUGAUGGUUAUUUCUCAAAUGGUUGUUCAUCUGAUUUCGUGCACUGCAGUGAGGGUAUCGCCACGUUCAUGAAGUGUCCUGCUUCGUUGGUGUUCAAUGUGGAAAGGGGCUAUUGCGACUACCCGGAGAACUGUGCUGGUAGAGAAGUGGAGGUGCAGAAAAGCAGCGUGACCUCAGCUGCUCAAGUCACAUCAUUCGUAUGUCCGAAACCCAAUGGUGCAUUUUCUCGCGGGUGUUCGUCGGAGUUUUAUAUCUGUUCCAAUGGUGUUGCUCAGGUUAUGCAGUGCCCAGGAGAUCUCGUUUACAACGAGGCUGAAGGCUACUGCGAUCUGAAAGAAAGCUGUUUCAAAUCGGAAAAGGCCAAAUCUGAGACUAUGCACAAGCCGAUUUCAUCGACUACCGCAUCAGUUCCAGCUUCCUCAGCCACCCUGCUGAUCUCUCUGGAGGGAGUUGCUGCUGCUUCAGAAUGCUCCAAUCUCCCUGAUGGACGUUACGGAUCGCCAUGUGGCACGAAGUUCACGACUUGUUCAUCUGGAGUCGCCUACUUCAUGAAUUGCCCAGCAGAUCUCGUGUUCGACUCGAAGCAGAGUCGCUGUGUUUAUUCCCAUGAGUGCGGUCUCGAGCCAGUCUUAAAGAGUUCUGCUGAUGCUGCUCCAACAUCGUAUACAUCUCUAAUAUCACGCAACGAUUGUGCUGGCAAAUCUGAUGGUCUACAUUCGCUCGGUUGCAUCGCCGAGUUUAUUCAGUGUGUUGAUGGCAAUGCGUACAGCCUGUACUGUCCUGCUGGUUUGGUAUUCGUUGAAGAGCUCGGCGUUUGUGAUGUCCCAUCCUCAUGUUCGCAAGCACCAAAGCGCGAACCUGCUGAUGGUCCUAUGUCCUACGAACCAGUGGCGGACGAGAAGGGAAAAAAUUCAUCAGUACGUCAAUUGCGUGGGCGGAGAAAGUUCGUUGGCAAAUGUCCUGCCGGUUUGGUGUUCAAUAUGGAGAAGGUAUACUGUGAUUAUCCAGAAAACUGCAGACGAGGAGAGGAGUCUGCGAGUACUGAGGCUCGACCUGUUCCAAGCACUGUAAUAGAUAAAGAUGAAUCCUGCAAAGGCCGACCUGACGGUGUCAUUACCGACUCCGAUUGUCAGCCAAAGUUUACGACCUGCAUGAGUGAUGUUGCCUUCGUCACGAAGUGUCCAGCAGGCCUUGUCUAUUCGGUGACAGCCAAGAUGUGUGAUUAUCCUGAAGCGUGUGGAAUGGUAUCUGGUAGCAGCGUUACCUCCACGGUGUCAGGUAGCAGCGUUACCUCAUACGUAAAAGAGAGUAAUGCCGCGGUUUCAUCAACAGUGCAAAAAACUGUCACAUCGUCCAAGAGCUCUUCACGACCGACGUCAGCUUCGGUGCAGUACCAGCAUUCUACUGUUGGAAAAGAUCUCUGCGCAGGCAAGAGUGAUGGGCCACUGAACACAACUGACUGCCGACCGUCGUUCUCGUUUUGUGUGAACGGAGCUCUCUAUUCAACAACUUGUCCUGAAGGCUUGCUGUACUCGUUUACAUCAAGAAGAUGCGAGUGGGCUUCGGAAUGUGGGAAUGUUGCUCCGCAGAGCGAGCCAAGCAAGCACCUAGCUCCUUCGCCAGUUCAAGGAGAACAAGCAAAAGCGACAUACACGACAGCUUCGACGGUUCAAUCAGCUAGUGACUCCACAAGAGUGCAGUCUCCAGCAUCUCCUGCUCGUCCAGCUAGCGACUCUGCCAGGGUGACCAUAGUUGACGACUUCGAUUGUUCCACUCGUGCGAAUGGAAAAUAUUCUUUGGGUGGCUGUGUCGGAAGGUUCGUGAUGUGCAGUGAUGGUCGAGCGUAUGUUCGAGGCUGUCCGAAUGGAUUGGUGUACAAUGAGGCGAAAGGACUUUGUGAUUACGACUGCUCUGGCGUUGGUGUAGGCAGUUCUACAAUGGACGUAACCAAAGCUGUCAGUUCGUCCGCACAGUCCAGCGCCAUUCAUAUUCGUCCGCCGCCUUCGUCUGGCGCAGCUCGAGAGGAGCCCGAAUGCGUAACUAGCGUCGCGCUGGGUCGCUGUUCUUCAAAAUUCUGGCGGUGUAAGAAUGGAAGGUUGGAGUCUGCACAAUGUCCAGGCCAGUCACUAUUCGACGAGACCUUCUCUCUGUGCGUGUAUGAUCUUCCGGAAUGCAGGACACAGCCAGCAUCUGGAUCCACCAGCUCUGAUGAAGUGGCGACCACAACUGAAACGGCAGUUGUGUCAACUGAAGCAGUUCAUACAUCGUCUGAAGUUUAUUCUGCUCCUACUGGCAAUUACCCAGCGCCAGCAGCACCAGCUCAGCAGUACACGGCGCAGACUCCUUCUUACGUCUACGCUAUGAACAAUCCAUUUGGAAUGUUCUACCCAUCUGCUUCACCUAUGGGAUUCCGAGAUGCAAUGCAUGGACGAGAUAAAGUGAACCACGGCCUAAUCAACUUCCAAAGCCGAUCGGUUCUAGCUGGCGGUUCCCGGCCUCACGUAAGGGACGUCUUUGACGGUAUCGUCAACCCGUGGCUGCUUCCUGGUAUAGAUCAAGUGUUUUUGCCGUUCCUACACAAACGUUUGAAAGAUCGUCGUGAUCACUCCGAUGAGUUAUAUGAGCCAAAGGGAGUCGACGUUCCCCAAGUGGUCGAUCAUAACAAAGUGGAGGAGUCCACGAGUACCGAGCCUCCUCACGAUGACAUGCCGCUGGAGAAUGCACAUACCACUGACGAGCAUGAUCAUGAUCAGAAGACGUUGCCUGAAUCCGAGCUCGGGAACAGUACGGUAGAGGAAGCAACCAGUCAGUCGCCUGUAGAUACUACCACUCCAGUUACUGAAACGUCUAGCCCAGACAUUGAGGGCUCGGGCUCAGGAGACAGCGAGGUGACUCGUAAACGACGUAGUUAUACGAAUAGUGCGAACUUUUCCACCACCUGUACCAGCUCCCAGUCACCAGGACUGAUUUCGAUUGGGUUUUGUCGUCAAGACUUUAUCUUCUGUAAAGCGGUUGCUGAUGGAGUGAUGGCUGCAUGUCCUGUUGGCGACCUAUUCGACACUAACACCAGCAAAUGUGUGGCAUCUGCAACUUGUGGUCUGCCAGAACAAGUAGUGCCUCCUCCUCCACCUCCUGCCCAGGAAUCUAUAGCCGUAUUUGUGCCAACGACUACUCCUGCACCGCUGCGACACACUCCUGCUCCUCCGCCGAAGCCGGUCAAAGUACCGUCAGUUCCUGUCCAUGCUGUGCCAAUUGCCACAACUACAAAGCGACCACUAGUGAUUUAUCCACCUAUGCCGGCACCGAAACCUGCUCCUGAGAUCGUACAUCAGUCCAGGCAGUCAGGUUGUUUAGAGGGCAGCGAUUACGCAGUGGAUUGCAAUGGAAACUUCAUGAAGUGUGUGCAUGGUAUCGCUUACCCGAUGAAAUGUCCAGCGGGGUUGGUGUUCGACCAAACAAAGCAGCUCUGUGAUUAUCCAGCAGCCGUAGUGGGAUGUAGUGAAGUGCAGUUGGAUCAUACACGUCCAGACCACUCUCAGAACCACCCGACUGACAAAACCUACCCUGGCGAGCCGAUUUCAUUGCCAACUACGCAAGCGCCUGCGCAGGAGGCUCCCGAUUUCUGUGCCUACCUGUCCGACGGACCUCAUAGCGAGGGAUGCACAGCAUCGUUUGUGGUUUGCCAUGACCGACGUGUACAGGCUUCGAUGAACUGCCCAUUAGGAACAUGGUUCGACCAUACGCGUGGUAUUUGUGAUUUCCGUGAAAAGGUUGCAGCGUGUGGAGGUUCACUUGAUGAGCCUGCUGCAUAUCAACCGCAGCCCGUUGUUGUACGGACAACUACACCGAGUUCGCACGAUGAUUCCUGCCCACAAGAUCCACAGCCCGUGGGCCGUUGCAUGUCAAAGUUCCUGAUAUGCUCGAAUGGAAUUCAAAAUGAAUUCGACUGCGCAAAGCCGCUGGUAUUCAACCCGGCAACGGUCUCAUGCGACUUCCGUGAAUUCGUGCCAGAGUGUGAACAGUUCAAGGGUGAAGAUGCAACUCCUAAAGGUUACGAUGCAGCAGAGCCCACUGUGGCACCAACUGCUACCAGUACAGCAGCAGUUACAACUACAGCGCCACCUAGCUGUGUUUACGACAACGAACGUCCCGCCUUUGCUCUUGACUACUGUUCUCGAGUAUACGGUAUGUGCACUGAACAUGGUGUGCUGAAACGUGAAGAGUGUAAGGUCGGUCUUCUGUUCGAUUCACAUUUGAGCACCUGCGUACCUGCAGAGCGAUGCGGUCAAGAACACCUGAAAGAUAUACUCAGCAAGGUUACAUUUGCACCGCCGCAAGCCGCUGCUCAGGUGGCAAAGGAUACUUCUAAAUAUGUUACUCGAAAAGAUGAUCGCUGUCGUAACAGCCUUGAAGGAGCGAUGAAACCAAUGGGCAGAUGCCGAUCGUCAUACAUCAGAUGCAUGGGCGGCGAAGCCAUUGUUGAGCCGUGCGCAACCACAGCCGAAGUGUUCUCAGCGGCCGUUGGUGCUUGCGUAUUGCGUAUCAACGCUCCUGAAUGUCAUACUGCUCCACAACGAUCUCCGCAACCGUAUACUUCCACGUCAAGCAAUGAUCCUUCGAUGUUCUGUAGGACACGCACGGAUGGUUUGUACAGGAAUCCGACGGAUUGCGCUGCAAUUCUUCAGUGCUUCGGUGGUGAUGUGUUCGAAUACCCAUCCUGCUCGUCAGGACUUGUAUUUAACGAAUUGACCUCCAAAUGCGACUACAGGGAUGCAGUCCCAGAAUGUCGACAGGCAGCGGAUGAGAGUACUGUGGAACGUGGUUGUCAUGGAGCGAAGCAUGGUGACUUCGUAGCAAAUGAGUCGGACUGUCAGCAGUUCUAUCGAUGUGUGUGGGAUCGUCUGGAGCCGAUGCGCUGUCCAAGUGGGACAGUGUUUAACCCGAAGCUGUCCGUCUGUGACUGGCCAGACAAUGUACCGCAAUGUACUGCUCAACAAGACGAGUCAAAACCGAAGAAAUCCUAUUAG